AUGAGACUUUCUGUAGGGACGACUGCUUCAGAUCAAGAUGAGACAGAACAAUUUGGUGAGUGGUUAUUAAAAGUUGGUGAUGGUCUAAUAGGUGACAAUAUGGAUGGUGAAUCUGAGAUAUGUCAUCCAGGAGAUAUUGUUAUUCCUUCUUCGGAUCAGGCAUUUGAUGAGUUAGUUCAUUUUUCUUAUCCAAAUAUUUUGGAAAACAUGUCCUCAAAUGAUUUUUUCAAAGCAAGAACUAUACUGGCUCCCACACUAGACAUCGUUGAAGAGGUCAACAACCAUCUGAUGGCUAUCAUUUCUGAAGGAAAAAAAUUAUAUCUUAGUUCGGAUUCCAUUUGUAUGGAUGAAGAGAAUAUGGAGAGUCAACUAGAUCUCUAUGGUCCGAUCCUGAAUUACUGA